AUGAAGUCAGUUACAGCAAUCGUUUCAAUUCUCGCCAUGAUGCCCGGUUUGCUCGUCAACGCGUGCGACUGCCACCAUAACAAUGACGCCGGCCGAUGGAAGGGUUCUCAAACUCCUGCUAGUGCUGUCGAGGAGCUUUGCAGAGAUGGAGGCACUUGCAAGGAAAAUGGUCAGGGAGCUAGGCUUUGCGUCGUGGGAGAUGUCUCUCAGUGUCUCUGCGCCAUCAAUGCGGCUAAGAGCUGGCAGAGCAAGCAUGGAGACUGGUUCUUGUGGUCUGGUAUCAACUGCGGCGACUUGACUAUCACUAUGAACGCUGCUUAA